AUGAACAUCAACGCUCUCCUCUCCCCCUCCGACUCUCCUGCCCGCGAUGAUUCCUCGUCAUCGGCCAGCCCGCCCGCCAAGGCGGCCACGCCCUAUGCUUCGCGCAAGCGCUCUGCGCUGAACAGAGAGGUGUCGCAGGAGGAAUCGCGCUCUCCCGAAUCUGACAGGUCAACUGCUGCCUUUCCCUCAGCCUCUUCCCACGCCUUCCCCGGCCCCUCUGCUUCGCGCGGGACAGUCCCAAAUUUCCGCCCCCUCCAUCCCCCACCCACCAGUCAUCCCGCCGCCUCCUCUAGCGCUCCUCCUCCCCAUGGAGGUGUGGCGCAGACUCUCUAUCAACCUAUAACCUCCGCUCGGAGAACUUCCUCCACGCCCCAGAUGGAAACGUUGGCAGACUUGGCCUCGAUGCAACGGCAACAAACCACCCGGCCUCUCUCAGCCAACAACUUCCGCUCUUCCGUGCCCAGCACAUCGCGUUCACCUGCACUCAACCCCCAACCCCCACCCAUCCGUCCGCAGGACUAUCUGAGGAACUCUCGCAAAUCCGUCGUCGACCUCACCAUGUCCGAGGCGGCCGCGCAAACGCCGCCCCCUCGCGCCGUUGCCUCCAACGUCCUGUCCGAAGCCCAGACACAACGCGUCACAGAUCUGCUCACCUAUCUCGCCGACAACUCAUACGCGUACGACUCGCAUGUGGAGCUCAUCAACAUCCUCCAUGCCGCCUUCAUCGCCCAUGCCGCACCUUCUGCGGACGGUGCGCCGCCAGACCAAGGAGCACCCCCUCCCGACUUUCCCCUGCUCACCGAGCUACGCCAAGCUCGUGAAGCCAUGGAUACGCGGUUCGCCGUUGGCGAGGAUCUCUGGGAUGACUGGCUGUCGGAUGAGAUCCGCGUAGCCACUUCAAGUGAGGAGCGUCUCGCCAUCACUGAGCUGUUCCAGAAAGCCGUGGCAGAUGAGCCGGCGUCGGUCAAGUUAUGGCAAAUGUACGCUGGCUGGGUCUGGAUCAACUACGUCGCAUGCAACACCACUUCUUCCCCCGAUCCCGCCUCCCACUCGAGAUGGACGGAGGAGGACAAGGCGCUCUGCAAAGACCUCUUCACCCGCCAUCUCGUCAUUGAUGUGUUGGAGCAGGCCAUUGCAUCAACCCAGUGGCGUGUUGACGAAAGCCACGUGGUCUGGAACCGCUACGCCGAGCUGGUGCAGGAGGAUUUCCCGACUACGCCCAAGCCCGGCGAAAUCGAGCGGCUGCGUGGGAUGUACGUGGCACGUUUGCAAUUCCCACACGCUACGUGGGAAGAGACGUCGCAGAUGUUCUGGUCGAUUGUGUCCAAGUACGAAAGCGGGAAUUGGGAGGCCAUCAUGGCAGAGGUUCAGAGUCUGACGGGGCCGGCCAAGGCACAGAUGAGCCAACGCGAGCCCCACGAAUCCAAUCUCCAGAGAGCCAUCGACGCAGGCAAUCGGGAUGACAUCUUCAACCAAUUUACUCAAUACAUUCAAUGGGAACGAAACCGCGAGAGGAAGCAGAAGAACCGUUCGGCACUGGACAAGGAGCUGAGGAGUGCGCUGUAUGAGCGGGCGCUCUUGCGUUUCCCUACCCAUACAGAGUGGUGGAUCGACUACGUGGAUUUUGUCAUCAGCUCGGGCUCAUCCACGCCCGUGCUGCCGCUUAUCGAACGUGGAACGCGACACUGCCCGUGGUCUGGUGAGCUGUGGGCCCGUAGGAUCCUUCAGUUGGCCGUCGACGGUAGGCCACAUCAUGAGAUCGAAGCGACGAAGCAUCGCGCGACCAAUUCCGGUCUCCUCGAUGUUGGCGGAAUGGAAGAGAUGGUAAAAGUCUUGCAACAAUGGUGUAGCUUUCUCCGAAGGCACGCCUUCGCCACGGCGAGCUCCGAAGACGACAUUGAUACGGCAGAAGUGGGCAUCACCAUGGCUCUUGAAGACAUUCAACAAGCCGGCAAGAAGAUAUAUGGCAAGGACUUCCAAGGCGACCCAUUGUUCCGCCUCGAGCAAAUCCAGAUCAAGUUCCUGUCUGAAGCCCGUCGCUUUGAGGAUGCUCGAAAGAUCUACCAGAACCUCGUGAAGACGCAGAAGAACUCGUUCGAUUUCUGGUCGAAAUAUUACAACUGGGAGCUGUGGAUCUGGGGCUACGAUCGGAUCAAAGAUCGCACUCGCGUCGAGACCCCUGACAACGGCCCGGACAAAGCGUCUGCUGUCCUCCAAGAGGCAUUGUCACAGCGUGAGAUCGACUGGCCCGAAAAGGUCUUGGACAUGUAUAUCAACCACUUCCAGCAACACGAGUCCGGGCAGAGAUUGCGAAGCGCCAUUAUUGAAGCACGAGAGGUCGCGAAACACUUGGCUUGGCGAAAAGCGGCCGAAGCCGCGGAGGCAGCCCAGGGCAUGGAAGCGGCGCAGCAGGCGGCAUCACAAGCGCAGUUGGAGGCCAAAUUGGCUACGGCGCAGGGUGGUCAAGGUGGUGGUUCAGUCGCAGGCGACAAACGGAAGCGAAGCGAUGAGCCCCCCUUCAACGGCCAUAGCGAGAAAAAGACGAAGACUGAAGAGCAAAGAGCAGACCCCAGCGCACCUGGAAACCCUGCACAUGAGCCGUCUGCCUCGUCAAGUGCUCAGGUGAAGCGCGACCGCGAGCACAACACCAUCACCAUCAGCGAUUUGCCUGCAGAUGUCGAAGAACUUGACGUGAAGAAAUUCUUCCGCGACAUCGGCGCCCCAGUCUCGAUUAACAUCCGCCUCGAUGAGCAUCGUGACACCGCGACCGCAACGGUGGAGUUUGAGGCGCAAGAAGACGUGCUGGCGGCCCGGACACGUGAUGGCAAGAUGCUCAAAGGGAAAGAAGUGCGUAUUCAAAGCGGCACCCAAAGCACGCUUUACGUGGCGAACUAUCCGCCCGAACACGACGAGCUGGCCAUCCGCAAGCUGUUUGAGAGCUACGGUGAAAUCUUGAGCGUUCGGUUCCCGUCGCUCAAGUACAACAACAGACGCCGCUUCUGCUAUGUACAAUUCUUGACAUCUGACAUGGCCAAAGCAGCGGAGGCUGCAAUGGACGGGAAGAUGCUCGAUGGCAGUCACAAGCUGCUGGCCAAGAUCUCGGACCCGGAAGCGAAGAAGCAGCGCGCGGGUGCGCAAGCCGAAGGCCGUGAGCUGUUUGUCAAGAAUAUCGAGCGGACCGCCCCGGAUGAAGAGAUCAAAGCGUUCUUUGAGAAGUACGGCACGGUCGUCAGCAUGAACCUGGUGAAGUUGGUCAACGGAAAGAAGACUGGAACCGCCUUCGUCAUCUACGCCACCGCAGACGGAGCCCAUGCCGCGCUCGAAGCAGACAACAAGCCCUUCCACGAUCGUAUCUUGCACGUCGAGCUCGCCUCCGCCAAGGGCCGCGCUGCGCCGCUCGACCGCGCAAAGAAGGAGAACAUCAUCGUGAGCCAGGCUCACUCCGCUUCGCCCGAGCCGGACGCAAAUGGUCGCCGCAGCUCAGACGCGUCGAUGCACUCCAGCAACAACCCCGCCGACGAGUCCUACAAGACGGCGCGCGAGCGCAAAAUCGCCAUUUUCAAUCUCCCCGACACGGUCAACGACGCUCGCAUCCGCUCCGCCAUGGAAGAGCACGGCCCCAUUCUGCAGAUCCAGCUGCGCAGACGCGACAAUGGCGCGAUUGUGGAGUUCAAGAACGUCCAAGACGCCUUCAACGUGCGGCAGGGCGUGGACUGUGCUGCUCUCGGCGCAGAUGUGAAGACGGGCGACGUGGCGGACUUGCUUACGAAGGUGAAGCAGAGGCAGGAUGGCGAUGGGCAGCAGCCGUCGUCGUCUGCGGUGCAAAGGGGAAGUGGUCAUUCAGCCGCAACUGCAGGGGACAUGAGACCGCCUUCGAUCGUUCGUCCAACGCAACGAGGUGGAAGACGUGGCGGUCUGGGUUUCAAGAGAGGCGGCCCCUCCGCUGUGGGUGCGGGCAGGAGCAGUGGUGAGACGACUACUGUUGCUGAUGCAGCCGAUGCACAGCAGCAGGGGAAGCCUGCGAAGAGCAACGACGACUUCCGUAACAUGUUCAUCAAGAGCAAGGAGGCCGCUGAGGAGUCGAAUGCGGGCAAGGAAUGA